CGAUUAAAAAUGAGAAUAGGCCUAUCGUUAUAAUUUUCAAUCAAGCUCGCCAAAAUCCGACGUUGGACAGAGUUACAUAUAGGACAGCAUCAAGAUUACGACUGGAGGAUUGAUUGUUGUUAGUUAAUCAGUUAUGCAGCAAGAUGUGGAGAAUCUACCUAUUGAUAUACACUUCAAUAAAUUACUCGACUGGCUAGUAGAUCGUCGUCACUGCAAACAACAAUGGCAGGCAGCUUCACUUAUUGUACGGGAGAAGAUAAAUGCAGCUUUACAGGACAUGCCAGAAAAUGAUCAACUUGCCAAACUACUCGAGGGAACAUACAUCAAUUAUUUCCACUGUGUGAAGAUCAUUGAUAUACUGAAAGGGACAGCUGCAGGAGAGAAAAAUAUAUUUGGUCAAUAUUCAUCACAGAAAAUGAAAGACUGGAACGACAUCAUUAGAAUUUAUGAAAAAGAUUGCAUGUUUCUGGCUGAGACAGCACAGAUGUUAAUGAGGAAUGUAACAUAUGAAAUACCAGCACUGAAGAAACAGAUAGCUAAAUGUCAACAAGUUCAGAAGGAAUGUGAUAAGAAAGAGACAGACUAUGUUAACAAGGCUGCUGAACUUAGGAAGAAAUACAGUAAUAGUUGUAAAGAACUUGGUAUUAAAGGAGACAAAAUAAAAUCAGAGUUAUCUGCUCUUGUACAAGAUUUACCCAAAGUGUUUGAUGAAGUAGCUGUCCAGGCACAGAAACUAAAUGGUGCUGUAAAAUACUAUCAGGAUUUUAGAAGUUUUCUUCUGAACAGUACUGUACAGGACUCAGACUGUGUUCCUGUAUUGAGAUAUAUUCAGCAGAAAGGUAAUACAACAACAUAUGAAUGGAAACAUGGCUGUAAACCAGUCCAUGUAGAGAAUUCUCGUGUUGUCAUAGAUACAAAAGAUGAAGAAGAUGUUGUAGUAGAAGAUGGAGCUGAUAUUGACUGGGGUGAUUUAAAUGGAACCAAUGAAAUUAACCAAGAAGCUGAAAUUGACUUUGAUAUAUCAGGAAUUACAAUAGAAAGUGGAGGCACAGAUGAAGCUAAGAGUGGUUUAGAUAUCGAGGUAGAGCAGAUGGGUGAAGAGAUUGAUUGGGGAGAUAUAGAAGUAGAAUCUUCACAGAAAUCAUCUGAUGAAGGUACAGCUUCUGGUGAGGAAGCUCUGACAUUACUGGAUAAUCCAGCAGCUAGGAAUCUUUUCUUAGAUGAUCUGUUUGAGUUGGAAGCAUUUUUAAGUCAGCGUAUAUCAGAGUUAAGUGUAGAAGGUAAUGUUCUCUCAUCUAGUCAGUUUCAAAAUGCACCAGCUGGUAUACAAGUAGAGGGUAAACAAGUAGAAACCAUGGCAACAGAUUUAAGUGCUGUGAUUGGUCAAUUAACAUCAGUACAGAUACAACACCUCAUGCUGAUCAGAGAUUCUCCAAGGUAUGUAGAGAGAUUGAAGGAUACACUAAAAUCAACAUUGAGUUUAGCAGAUAAGAUGAUAUUUUACGAGAAGGAGACAAUAUCUCGCAGACAUGAUAUGGAAACGGAGGAGAGAGAUCUCAUCCCUAAAUUAGAUGUUCUUGUUAAACGUACCAAAGAAAUGCAGAAACAGAUGGAAGGUGAAAUAUCUAAGCGAUAUAAGAACAGACCAGUUAAUAUCAUGGGAGAAAUCAACACUAUUUGAUGAUAGAAUUAUAAUACAGUGGUGAACAUUUUAUCGAAAUUUAGUACCAGCAGAUUAUAUUAAUUAUAUAAGCAAAGAAGAAUUUUGUUGACAGUGAAAUAAUAUCAUAGUGUAAUUAGAUACUCAUUUGUUUCACAAAAUGGGGAAAAAUGGGUUUAAAACGAAAUCAAAAGUUUGAUAAUAUCAAACCAUAAAAUCUGUGUCUUAAGUAGUUACAGUGAAGGAGAUUUUUUCUGUAAAAAAAAUGAAUACAUGUAUAUCUAUAUGAAUUGAUAUAGUAAUUUCUGAGAGACUUGUGAUCGCCAGGGUUGUUAUUAGAGCAGGGCCUAUGAUACAAAAGUACAUUUAACAGCUAUAAGUGCUGCCAUCUUGUUGUUGGUAUAGAGGUUUAAGUGUCUGCAGGCAGACUGAAAAUAUUCUUUGAUAUUGAUUCCUUAAGGCAAUGGAAUUCACUAGCAAAAAUAUAUUCCAAAUAUGUUUUAACCAAUAUUAUUAAAACAACAUUAUCUUUCUUUCAUUAUUAUUUGUUGGAUGAUUUCAUUGGUAAUAAAUAUUUUAUCAUACACAUUUCUGCAUAUGAUAUUGAAUGGAUACAUCAUGUUAAUGAAAUGAAAUCAGAUUCCUAAGAUUUUUUAAUUAACACUAUUUGUUUAAGGAAAAUUUGUUUUGGUGUUUUUUUUUAGGAAUUUUUAAGUUUUUGUUGGGAUGAUCUAAAAUGCUCAAAGAAUGUGGCAAUUUGGUGUAAAUACAUUUAUUUAUCUUAAUUAUUUACAAUAAAAUUAAUGUUAAUAAAAGAUGAGAUGCAAUUUUGGUGCAUGGGAAAAUG